AUGAAUUACAUUAUUCUAACAAAUGUCCUAAUAUUUCUCAUCAGCUCAGCAAAGGGAGUGCACUACACAGCAGAAAUAGAAAAAAGUGUCUCUGAAUCGACAACAGUUUUGAACUUGUUUCCAGAUGAGAAAAGCUGGAAAAGUGCCACAAUCACUUCAGAGAAGCAAAUUUACAUUGAGUCUCAUUUCUCAAAAGCGUCUUAUGACAGGGAUUGUGAGCAUGAAACAAAGCUCAUUCCAGUUUACUAUUAUCCAGGAGAAACCAUUCGAAUCGAAUGUUUCGUUUGUAAUAUUGCUCUGAGUUUCAAUGGUUCGCCGAAGGGAUGGGCCAAAGUCAGAAAUAUUGACGAUUUUAUGGAAAAGGGGGAAAAGUUCGGGUCAAAUGAUGGACCUGAUAUCGAAGUCGUACAAAAUGCGGAAUUUUUAGAAGACGAAAAAGUGUUUGCACCGAAUGGGACACUAGGAGAGCCCUAUUAUUACCAAGAAAAUGGAUUUUUAGUUAUCGAAAAUGCCAAUGCACUUUCUCAAGGUUCCUACUUUUGCUACGAUGAAGACUCAAUUGCGUCCCAACGACAUUUUCACAUACUCCUUCCUCUUGUCCCCGUAGUCCACGUGGCUAGAGACUAUAUUAAAGAUAUUGAGGAAAUCUCUGGAGGGUGUUCUGAUUCUGCUCGUAGUUAUCCUGAUCAUUUUUGGUUACUGAAUAAUACAGCGGAACCUUUCGAUGAUCAGGACACAUGUUUCAACAGAUAUGGCUUUGAUGAUUGGUCGUGCUAUGAUAACAGAAAGUCUAUCAGAACACCUGGAUGUGAGAACCCAGCGUCACAAUGUAAAUCUCAACUUUCUUUUCCCACACUCCCUUCUGAAAUUCCCAUCUCAAUGUCUCUCCGUUGGGAACCGUGGAAAGAUUGUGAGCAGAGAACUCAAACAAGAGAAGGUCACUGUUUUAUCACACUGGAUCGAGAAAUUCUCGGAUCGGAUGCUCUAACUGACAGAUGGAAGUGGCUUGAGAAGUUGAAUCGAAUGAAUAAUCAUAUAGCUUUCCGAGAAGGGAUUCCUAUUUUCAGCGCGUUGUUAGCUAGCUGGCUUUAUAAGGCAGAGCAAUUAGAUUCGUGUAGAGACAUGGAACUAGGUGGAAAUAUAGAUGGAUAUGAUGAUUUUUUCAAAAACGUUUUCUCUUCUAUUUUUUCAAAUAUGACGGUGGAAUUGGAAACACCACAGAAUGCAUUCAAAUAUUGCUUCAAGUUCGAGAAGACAUUCGGAAAGUAUAAUUCUCUGCUUGGAACUCAUGCUAUUGACCAACAGGCGUGCUGA